CCGCGCUGGUUCGCGUCGCGCGCCCGCCAAUCGUCCGUGAUGCUGCACGCGAGGACCGUCGUGACAGCGUGUCGCGUCGCAGAAACUCGGCUCGCGCGGCUACGCCGGAUUGUCGGGUUCCAUGGGGCGCCGAGACGCGCCGUGGGUGAUCGCGCCCUCAAUCGUGGUCCGGUGUCACGCGAGGUUGUGCGCGAGAAUUACCUGAGAACGUUCGACAAGUGCAAGUCGAAAAAACUUCCGCAAGAUGUGAAUCCCAAGGGUGUAUUUGCCUGCAAUGAACUUGUUAAAGAGGUCCAAGUCUAUGGAUUUGAUUACGAUUACACGCUCGCCUGUUACAAACCAUCCAUGGAUUAUCUGCUUUACAAUCUGGGACGUGAUAUGCUCAUUAAAAAAUAUAAGUACCCAGAGGGAAUUGCCAAUCUGGAAUACAGAGAAAAUUUCGCCGUUCGCGGCCUCCAUUACGACAUCGAAAAGGGUCUCCUGCUGAAACUCGACAGCUUCUUGCAAAUUCAAUUGGGCGCCGUUUAUCGUGGAUUACAUCCUGUACCCGACGACGAGGUUCUCCGAAUCUACAAAAAUAGGAUAAUACCGAUAGCUUACGUGGAGGCGUCGCACAAACACUCUAACGAUGGUGUACGUCGCACAAAAAUGGUACAAUUGGCCGAUUUAUUUUCGGUGCCAGAAAUGGGUUUACUGUGCAAUGUUACAGAGUACUUCCUGCAAAAUCACAUUGAUUAUCAUCCAGAGAUAUUAUUUAGAGAUGUUAAGAAUUCUGUGCAAAGCUGCCAUCCUAUAAUGCAUAAACUAGUGGCGGAAAAUGUGUCUGAGUAUCUAGCAAAUAAAGAUUUAAGGAGAUUUUUCGAUCGACUUCGAAAAGCCAACAAGAAAAUGUUCUUGGUCACAAACAGCCCUUUCCAGUUUGUUAAUAAGGGUAUGCAAUUUUUAGUCGGCGAAAAUUGGAAGAAUUAUUUUGACGUAGUGAUUGUUCAAGCGAGGAAACCAAGAUUUUUUACCGAAGAAUCACGCCCUUUGAGAAUUUACGAUGAAGUUAAGCAAACACAAUUAUGGGAUCGAGUCACUAAACUCGACAAGGGUGUCAUAUAUCUUGAAGGAACAGUUAAGCAGCUUCAAGACAUGACUGGAUGGCGAGGACAUCAAGUGUUGUACUUUGGCGAUCAUCCAUAUAGCGAUUUGGCGGAUGUAACUUUAGAACAUGGUUGGCGAACGGGUGCAAUAAUCAAAGAAUUGACGCAUGAAAUCGAAACCUUGAACGAAUCAAAGUACAAAGAAAACGCUAACUGGCUUCAAAUGUUAACUGGUGUAAUCGAGGAACAUCAGGAUUGCAAAGAACCCGAAGUACAAGAAGAGUUAGAUAAAUGGAUGAAAGAACGGGACCAACUAAGAAAUGAGAUCAAAUUUGUCUUCAACAAACAAUUCGGUUCAGUAUUUAGAACAUAUCACAAUCCAUCUUAUUUCUCCAGAAGAUUGUUUAGAUUUGCCGACAUCUAUAUGAGCUCAAUUACAAAUUUAUUAGAAUAUUCCACGAGUCAUACGUUCUAUCCUAGAAGAGGUGUAAUGCCUCAUGAAUAUACCAGUUACUUUGUGUAAAAUAUCGGUAUUUUCAAAAAAUAAAUACUCAUUAUUGUUAGGUGAGUAGCAGACGCUUGUAGAGCGUACAAUCAAAAUAUUCCGCAUUAAUUAAACAUCGAAUCGAUAAUAGCAUUUUCAAUAAUAAGAAAAAACCGAUCUAUUCAACGUCAUAAUAUAGAAGUUCAUAAUUUCGAAACAAUGAGGAAUGCUUGCUCCACACAGAAAAUAUACUUCCACCUUAUUAAUAGGUAUAUGUAUGCAUAUAAUUAUGUACACAUACAUGCAAUAUAAAUCUAUAUCGAUCAACGUUAAUGCGCUUUUACAGCCGCGUAGUUACAACUAAUUUGCAUUCAAAUGUAAUGUAUGUAAACACGAUAAAAUGAGCUAUAUAGAUUACGAAGGCUCUUACAUUAUUAUUAUUACCAUGACAAUAGCCAUAUUAUGUAAAAUAAAGUGAUAUAUCACAUGGUAACGAGUAAAAUGCAUAGAAUAGAAAAUGAAGUAAGAGCCGUAGGCUAGAAAGAGAAAGAGACAGAGGAACUAUAGGCAAAGUAUUAUUGAACUAUGAAAUUCAGAUAUUUUAUUAAGAACUAAUAAUUACUAGAGUUUAUUAUUAGUAAUGUUAUGUAAGGAGAAUAGAUAACAUAU